AUGAUGAAGAAGUCUCCAUUGCCAUUGCAGAGCUCAUCGAGUCGGAGGAACGACAACCAUAUUUACGGCAAAGAAGCUCUGGUGAAGCUCUUGCGCUGGCAUUUCGGAUAUGCGGAUUUUAGAGGCAAGCAAUUGGACGCCAUUCAAGCUAUUUUGUCAGGGAGAGAUUGCUUCUGUCUGAUGCCAACUGGAGGGGGAAAAUCCAUGUGUUAUCAAAUCCCUGCACUGGUAAAGAAAGCUGGAAUCGUGCUUGUUGUUUGUCCUUUAAUAGCAUUGAUGGAAAACCAAGUGGCUGCCCUGAAAGAGAAAGGAAUUGCUGCUGAAUAUCUGUCGUCAACCCAGACGUCAUCUGUUAAAAAUAAGAUUCAUGAAGAAAUUGAUUCUGGAAGGCCAUCUUUAAGACUACUGUAUGUUACCCCAGAAUUGAUUGCAACACCAGGAUUUAUGUCAAAGCUGACAAAGAUUUGUGCUAGAGGAUUACUGAAUCUCAUAGCCAUAGAUGAGGCACAUUGCAUUUCUUCUUGGGGACAUGACUUCAGGCCUAGCUACCGCAAGCUUUCAUCUUUGAGAAGCCACUUUCCAAGUGUACCCAUCCUAGCUUUGACAGCUACAGCCGCUCCAAAAGUUCAGAAAGAUGUUAUAGAGUCCUUGUGCUUGCAAGACCCAUUAGUCCUCAAGUCUUCUUUUAAUCGCCCUAAUAUCUACUAUGAAGUUCGAUACAAGGACCUUUUGAAUGAUGUCUAUUCUGAUUUGUCUAAUGUACUGAAAUCCGACGGAGAUGUUUGUGCCAUUGUUUACUGCCUUGAACGUACGGCAUGUGAUGACUUGUCUGCUCAUCUAUCAAAAUUUGGCAUUUCUUCUGCUGCUUACCAUGCAGGGUUGAAUGAUAAACUGCGUAGUUCUGUUCUAGAAGAUUGGAUUUCUUCUAAGAUACAAGUUGUUGUUGCUACGGUGGCUUUUGGGAUGGGUAUAGAUAGAAAGGAUGUCAGAAUUGUUUGCCAUUUUAACAUUCCAAAGUCAAUGGAAGCCUUCUAUCAAGAGUCAGGUAGAGCUGGUCGUGAUCAACUACUCUCCAAAAGUUUGUUGUACUACGGAAUAGAUGAUCGCAAAAGAAUGGAAUUUAUUCUGAGGAAUGCAGAGGGUAAAAAGUCAAAGGCUUCCAAUGCCCAGGAAGGCUUGUCGAAAAAGUCUCUGACGGACUUCCAUCAGAUGGUAGAGUAUUGUGAAAGUUCUGGAUGCCGCAGGAAAAAAAUUCUUGAGAGUUUCGGUGAGCAGGUAAGUGCAUCAUUGUGUAAGAAGUCAUGUGAUUGUUGCAAACAUCCAAAUCUAGUUGCGAAGUAUUUGGAGGAGCUUACGACCACUAGUGUUCUUAGGAACAAAGGUGGUUCCUCUCAAAUUUUUAUGAGCAGCUCUUCUUGUGUAAAUGAAGGAAAUUUUUCUGAAUUCUGGAAUCGUGAUGAUGAAGCCAGUGGUUCUGAGGAAGCCAUAUCUGAUUCUGAUGAUGGUAUUGAAGUUAUUAGGAGACUAGGCCAUUCAAAGUUGCCAAAAAAAUCUGGAUUUAAUGAGAAGAUGGAUUUCUUGCAACGUGCAGAAGAAAAAUAUUAUGAGAGCAAACAUGAGCAGAGCAAUAAACAAAACAAGAAUGCUGUAUCCGACAGCCUGAGAGAGUCAAGUAGGCAAAGACUAUUAAACGCUUUCAAGCAAGCUCGGGAGAGGCUUGGUGACAUAAAGCAUCAAGUGGAAACAUCAGCCACUUUUCUCGAAAACGAGUGUUACAAAAAAUAUGGGAAAACCGGGAAAUCAUUCUAUUAUUCACAAGUGGCAAGUACUGUGAGGUGGCUAUCAACCACAACUUCAGUUGAGCUAACUGAUCGGCUUGGUGCCAUUGCCAGUUCUGCAUCUCAACCAGAAACUUCAUCUCUAGCUUCUCCUACUUUGGAUCUGGGUCAUCAAGAACACACCACUGAAUAUUUUGAAUCAAGUGUUGUACCUAAAACUCUCACAUGUGCUUCACCAAUAGAAUGUUUUUCUUCUCCUAGUGCAAAACUGCCAGCAAUUCCAUCAUUUUCAGAGUUCAUUAACAGUAAAAAGGCAAAGGACAAGCAACCGAGACGGUCACCUGGUGGAGUUGAGAAGAAUUCAGAGAAAAGGAUGAAGUUGCAAUAGGCUGUGGUUUUGUUAAUUUCUUUAUAGGAAGGGUAAUAGUGUAAAACACUUUGCUGCUUUGAAUGGAGCUGGCUGUUCUUAUCAUAUAGUGCAUGAAAUUAACUUCAAAACUUUUGUUUCCCAAAAUUUAUUUUUCUUCUCUUUAUAAAGAAAAUGUAACGAAUCAUUGCUGCACUUUAAUUUUUAAAUAUUACGUUGAUGAUUCACAUUUCCUCAA